CACGUGACCCGGCUGUCGGGGCCCUGUUGCUAGUCAAGUCGGUCCGCUCGCAGUCAGGCGCAAUCUCGCUUACACACACACACACACACACAGUGACGGACGGAGCAGGGAAACCGCGACAACCAGUCGAGUGGGAUGCCCGAGGUUUGCAGGCGUUGUGACAUUACCUGGAGGGGCGGCGCUCCUGUGGGGAUACAGCUGAUGGACAGGAGUCCCUCCUCCUCCUCCUCCGCCUCCUCCUCCUUCUCCUCCGCCUCCUCCCGCUCUUCCUCUCACACUUGCUGCCAGGAUCAGAUGAUGAGGAUGCAGCACGACGGCGGCGACAGUCAAGCAGCGCCGGGAUCGAGCACGAGCCGCGGGACAUGCUGAGCGGACGCCGUAGCGGUUCACAUGUGGUUCUUCCUGGAUGUUCAGUCAUGACAAGUGCCUUCCCGACACCUAUUUUCCAACUUUUCUGACAUUUUUUUGGACCCUGCGAGAGGUUUUCACUGAUGUCCAGGGACUCGCAUAUACUAUGCACUAUCGCUGUCUCGCACUCAUCGUCGAACCUGUAACCCCCAGCAAGGGACUCUUGAAGUGAGGACCCUCCGCCCUCAUUCCCGCAACCAUCCACGGGUAGAAUCUCCUCGUACGACGCAGGGAUGUUCGCCUCCGUGGAGCACGGUCCGGUCCUCUGCAGCGACUCCAACAUCCUGUGCCUGUCCUGGAAAGGCCGCGUGCCCAAGAGCGAGAAGGAGAAGCCGGUGUGCCGAAAGCGCUACUACGAGGAGGGCUGGCUGGCCACCGGGAACGGCCGCGGCGUCGUCGGCGUCACGUUUACAUCCAGCCACUGCAGGCGAGACCGGCACACCCCGCAGCGGGUCAACUUCAACCUCAGAGGGCACAACAGCGAGGUGGUCCUGGUGCGAUGGAAUGAGCCCUUCCAGAAACUGGCCACCUGCGAUACCGAUGGCGGCAUCUUUGUUUGGAUCCAGUACGAGGGCCGCUGGUCCGUGGAGCUGGUCAAUGACCGCGGAGCUCAGGUGAGCGACUUCACGUGGUCCCACGACGGCACUCAGGCUCUCAUCUCUUACCGCGACGGCUUUGUGCUGGUGGGGUCCGUCAGCGGGCAGAGACACUGGUCCUCCGAGAUCAAUCUGGAGAGUCAGAUCACGUGCGGUAUCUGGACACCCGACGACCAGCAGGUUUUGUUUGGCACCGCUGAUGGACAGGUGAUCGUGAUGGACUGCCACGGGCGCAUGCUGGCCCACAUUCUGCUGCACGAGUCGGACGGCAUCGUCAGCAUGUCGUGGAACUACCCCAGCUUCCUGGUGGAGGACAGCAGUGAGAGUGACACGGAUUCUGACGAUUACCCUUUACAGCGAGUGCACAGCCACAAACCUCUCAUGACCGUUAGCUUCACCUCCGGAGACCUCAGCCUCAUGAACAACUACGAUGACCUCUCCCCAACCCUCAUCCGCACCGGUCUGAAAGAUGUGGUCGUCCAGUGGUGUUCACAGGGGGACCUUCUUUCUGUUGCUGGCAUGGAGAAGACGCUCCUCUCGCAUGACUCGUCCUGUUUUCCUCCCAUCAGGAAUGCCAUUGUCAAGUUCUAUAAUGUUCGGGGUGAACACAUCUACACAUUGGAAACACCAGCACAGCGCCCCAUCACCACCCUCUGCUGGGGCCACCGGGAUUCCCGUCUCUUCCUGGCGUGUGGCCCGGCGCUCUACGUGGUGCGUGUGGAGCACCGUGUCGCCAGCCUGCAACUCCUCUGCCAGCAGGGCAUCGCGACCGCCGUGAAGGAGGAGAAGGACGUGGUCAAGCUCAGCAUGCCGUCACGCCUGUGUUCCUACGUCACUUCCGCUUUUAUCCCCACCAUCAAGCAGCCCAUUCCAGACCCCAACAACAUGCGUGACUUUGUCAGCUACCCAACAGCCGGCAAUGAACGUUUGCAUUGUACAAUGAAGCGAACAGAGGACAACCCGGAGGUGGGAGGUCCCUGCUACACUCUCUAUUUGGAGUACUUGGGGGGUCUGGUACCCAUUCUUAAAGGACGACGAAUAAGUAAACUACGCCCAGAAUUUGUCAUUAUGGACCCCAAGAUGGAUGGAAAAACAGAUGAAAUAUAUGGCAACAGUCUGAUCUCAGCAAUGGUUGACAGCUGCAACUGCUCAGACUCCAGUGACAUCGAGCUCAGUGAUGACUGGGUCGGAAAGAAGUCUCCAAAGAUAUCCCGGGGCAGCAAGUCCCCCAAGCUACCCAGAGACUUAGUUUGUCCCUUUACCAACAGAAUCAACAUCGAUCCCAGGAAAUCGCCAAAACUGUCUCGUGCCGCCCAAGAAGUUUCCAGGUCACCACGGCUACCAAUACGCAAACCCUCUAUUGGAUCACCUAGUCUAACGCGGAGAGAAUUUCCUUUAGACGACAUUACUCAGCAAAACUACCUUGCUCAGGUCACAUCAAAUAUUUGGGGAACAAAAUUCAAGAUUGUCGGGCUCGCUGCAUUUUUGCCAACAAACCUUGGUGCAGUCAUCUACAAAACCAGCCUCCUCCACCUGCAGCCCAGACAGAUGACAAUCUACCUGCCGGAGGUGCGGAAGAUCUCCAUGGAGUACAUCAACCUGCCCGUGUUCAGCCCCAACGUCUUCAGCGAGGACGAAGACGACCUGCCCGUCACUGGGCCGGCCGGCGGCGCCGACGACAACAACCCGCCCUGCACUGUCAACAUUCCAAUCGCACCCAUCCACAGUCCCGCCCAGGCCAUGUCCCCUGCCCAGAGUAUCGGCCUUGUCCAGUCCCUGCUGGCCAAUCAAAACGUUCAACUGGAUGUUCUAACCAACCCCACGGCCACCUCCCCAGGCGCUGCUGCUGCUGCUGCUGCUGCAGCAGUUGCUGGUUCUGACCAAAACCAGGACACCGUCCUUACAGCCCAGUACACAGGCCCCACUCGAUACUCCAGCCCUGGUCAGGUCAUCUUUGGAGGGCUUGACAUGAGUCGCCUCACGGUCGGAGCCUCACACUCUCAUCAGGCUUUACAACAACAACAGCAGCAGCAGCAACAGCAGCAGCAGCAGCAGUUACAACAACUCCAACACCAUCAGCAACUGCAGCACCAUCAACAGCUACAACAGCAGCAGCAACAGAUGUUCCAGCAGCAGCAGCAGCAACAACAGCUACAGCAGCAGCUUCAACACAUGCAGCAGCAACAGCAUCACCAACAGCAACAGUUCCAGCAGCACAUACUACAGCAGCAGCUCCACCAUCAGCAGCAAAUGCACCAGAUGCAGCAGCAACAACAACAGCAGCAGCAGCAGAUUCACAUUCAAAUCCCUGUUCCCUCCAUGCCCUCAGCACAGACCUCCGGAACGACCAUGCUGCCGACGGCUGCGCUGCAGAUCCAGAUCCCUCACCCGCCGUCUGAUCCGCUCGUCGAGAGGGGAGCCGCCGGCGAACACGAGAGCCUCCUGAAAAUAAAGACGACCCGUUCUGGUGCACAGCUGUCCGAGGCCGACACGGUGGUCUUCAGCACGCCGCCGGAUAUAAGUAAAAUGAACCCGCCACCUCCCUAUCCCGGAACUGUGGCCGCUGCAGUGGCGGCGGCUGCUGCUGCGGCGGCUGCUUCCAUGUCGGCCUCCGGCGCACCCUCAAAUGUCUCAUUGGGAACAAAUGGGGGCACCACUGGAGCUCCACCUCCUGAUCUCUGUGCAAAGAAGGGGGACAUACAACUGUAUCCCCUAAGUCAGCAGCAAAGCCAGUACCCUACACCACUGGGCUACGAGAGAAUCACCACCUUUGACAGCAGCGGUAACGUGGAGGAAGUCUGUCGUCCUCGAACCCGAAUUGUCUGCAAUCAGAAUGUCUACAGCAUGCAAGGGCCCGGAAGCUCUGCAACCCUCAGGGUCACCUCUUCAUCCUCGUCGUCGUCAGAAGGAAAGAAGAUCCAGUUGCCGUACAGCUCCGCCACACUCAACAGACUCGCUGCGCCUCGCUAUUCCAUACCGAGCGGGGACCCUCCCCCAUAUCCAGACUCGGCCAACCAGAAUAGCGGGAGGAACUCUGGACAGAAGCUGGACAGCAAUCUCAUCCAUGCCACUCUCAGGAGGAACAGCCGGGAGGCCACCCUUAAGGUGUCCCAAGUGAUCGAGCCGCCCAGACCGCUACCGCUGCCACCCAAAGCUAAAAAUAGCAGCGCUUUAGCUGCUUCCUACCAGCAGAGGGUACAAACGGCCUUAUACACUUGCAGUCAGUGUAGCAGCGGGUCCAGCCUUGGGGUCACGGCUCCAGGCAGCGCCAACGGGAUAGCAGGGGGCACCAUAAUCAGACAGGAUUUUCCUCCAGGGAACGGAGCGCCACACAGCACAGUCAUCGUACACUCCAACAGCGGCCCCCCCCUGGCCUCGCAGUCCUCUUACAGCCUGCUCAGUUCACUGGAAGGAUCCGGAAACACCACGGGAGGAGGCAGCGGCAGGGACCGGAUUGAUUAUGUGAAUUCAGCGUUUACCGAGGACGAAACACUCAGUCAGUCACUCAGGCAUUUGGCGUUAGGAGGAAAUGACAUGUCAGGCCUGCUCGUUAAACACCCCCCUCCUUACCAGUGGGACCCCGCCGCCACGGAGGAGGUUUGGGUCCCUCAGGAACGAACCGCAACGCUCAACCCGGGACCCCAAAAGCCGCCCCCACUUAUCCUCAGUCCGGCUCAGCACUUAGACGUGUCCAGGCUUCCGUACGUGCUGUCUCCGAAGUCCCCCACAACGCCCGGUGCCGCGACUUUUCAAGCCGCUGCCGGGUACCAAAUUUCCCUCCAGUAUCCUCCGGCCACCGCCUACUCGGGCGCCCACCUUCAGCCCAUCCUAACAUCACCGCGCCCCUGCUCCUCCCCAAAAGAAGUGGUGGCACCAGUGUCGCUCGCACAGCAGGACACAACCAUUGUCUUAUCUGCCGGGUACCCGGCCGGUCUAGCCAACUUAGCCUGCUGCCCUCUACCACCCAUGUACCCCGGGGGAAACUCUUGCGCCGGGAUUCCCAUUCCUCCCAUCGCCCUCCACACACCGUGGGGUACGUAUAACUCGUGCCCCCCUAUCCCAAGUCCUGCUGUGCCUCUACCACCAAAAGCUUCCCAUAUGGGGGUAGACAAAAACCCUCUUUCACCACCACCGCCGCCGCCUCCACCUCCUCCACCACCGCCCCCGCCGCCACCGCACGCAGAGUUGCAGAAUCACGCAGGUUUACAAGAAGCCAUGGGGGAAACCGGGGAAGGUUUCCAGGAAGUGCUAUCCUUAGCCGAGAGCCCUGUGCCGCCCAGAUCGGAGAAGUUCAGCAAGAAGAACCGCAAGAGGCCGGAUGGGCGGCCGGAGGAGGCCAACGUGUCCAAAAAGGAGGGCAGGGCACUGGGGGACUUCAACACCCUCAUUUCCAGUCCACGGCUGGGUGGGAGAGACAAGAAGAAGGUGAAAGGACCGAAGGAGCAGCUGAAGGCCAAGAAGCUGAGCAAGGCCGCAGCCAACAGCGAGUUCCAGGACAGCUCAGAGAGCGAGCAGGAGCUUUUCAUCAGCGGGGAUGAGCUGCUCAACCAAUGCCAGAGCGGCAAGAAAGGCUGGAAGACGAAGAGGAACCUCAGGACGGCCAGCGAACUGGAGGAGAUGAAAUGCCGGAAAGGCAAUGAAAAGGAGGACCGAGGGCUGGGCAGCCAGGGCUUCGUGUACGUCAUGGCGAACAAGCAGCCGCUGUGGAAUGAGGCCACGCAGGUGUAUCAGCUGGACUUCGGCGGACGUGUCACGCAGGAGUCUGCCAAAAACUUUCAGAUUGAACUUGAGGGCAGACAGGUGAUGCAGUUCGGUCGAAUCGACGGCAACGCCUACAUCUUGGACUUUCAGUACCCCUUUUCCGCCGUGCAGGCCUUCGCGGUGGCUCUGGCAAACGUCACGCAACGCCUCAAGUGAGACGCGCCCUGCCGUGCGUGGGAUCGAAGAAAGUCGCGUUUUUUUUUUUUUUUCUUCCCCCCCCCACAGCGACGCGCCCUGAAGGGGAGGGAUCCGAUCCCGCUGCACUACACGAUGCUGCCACUUGAGGCCCAGUCGCCGAGCCCCACGCUUUCGGCAACCCUCAUGCAAAUAAACGCUGCUUUAGUUUGUCGAGUUAGAUGCUUUUUAGAUGACCGAGUGAGGAAAAUGUCACUUUGCAGUGUGAAAAAGAUUUUUUUUUUUUUUUUUUUAAAGGAGCAGCAGUAAUACUUGAAAACCACACUCUGGUUGAUAUGUUGUUUUUCUCCAGAGCAAACACGGGCACUACUACUGGCCACUUAAAUCCAUGGCUGUACAACAUUCACCAUUUCGACAACACCCGCUUUUUGUUUCUAGGGAGCGUUCAUGCCACAAAAUGGCGGACGGCGGGCUUUUGUUUGCCAUUCGUUUUGCUCCCGUCAGUUCACAUGUCUUGCUGAAAUCUUUUUUUUAAUGUUUUACACACGAUGUUGAAGGCUGAAGACGCACGGAUUAAGCUAUGCGUACUGUGCAUUUUGAACGGUCGCCGUUGCGCGCGUUCUGUGUAAUCGCCGCAUCCCGUCAGCACACGCCGCUUUCAUCCGGGAGACUUAAAUUUGCGUUAUUACUCUUGUAUUAAUGUCUCCAUGACGUCAGCCAUGGCACCUGUUUGUCACUUCUGUGAAGUGAGUGUUCGGACCCCACCCCCUCCACUCUUAAACACCACACUUAAACGAGGUGCAGGGAAUAUUUUUCUACAUUUCUCACAAUCUCCUCCGACAGAAUACACAUAUCAGUCAGAUAAUAUGAAAGCUGAUUUCUUUUUUUUUUUUUUCCUGUUUAAAGAGACUUGGGUGACUCCGCCACUGUGUUUCAAUGCUGUAAUACUGUUCAAUGCAAAUAUUGAAAUCAUCUUUUGCUGAUUGUUUUGUCUCUUUCAAGUUGUAGCACCAAUGAAGGAUGAAGCCAGUGCGUCAAAUCUCCGAAUAUACUUUCGUGUUACACCCUCAAAAUUUAGAACAACGAUGAAGUUGGAUUAUGAGGGUUUUUUUCCUCAUAAGAUUGUGAUGAGAAUGAAAUUAUAAUAUUAAUGUCAAUAUUGCCCAUUUGAAAAAGUCAGUAGCCCACUACUUUUAAAGUGUACAUUGUGAAGAUUGUGUUGAUGUAACAAAAUUACAUUGUGAUUACCUUUUUGUAGUGUAACUGACAAUAAUACUUAAGUUAUAUAUAUUCCCCGCCCCCUUGUAAUAUUCUGACUUUAUUCUCUUACUUAAUUACAGACUUUUCCCAGAAUUAUACAAUGUUCUCUAAAAUUAUGACUACUUCUAUUCCAUCACGAUUUCAAUCUCAAGAUUAUGACCUCAAUUUUCCAGAUUUACUAACAUAAAAAUAAGAUUUUUUUUCCCCUGAAGAAUAUUGCAGGUAUUAGUUUUAAGUCUUUAAAAAAAUGCUACGUAACUGAAUUAUGACUUUUUCCCCUCAUAAGAUUCUGCUUAUUCUCAAAAAGACAAUUUUUAAAAAUGGAAUAAUCCUUUUUUUCCCCCCAGUAAUAAAACCUUUCCUCAUAAUAUGAUUACCCCAGUGCAUUUUGCUUUAAAAAAAAUAUUCAUUUUAUUUUUCCUGGCUAAAAUGUCAACUCGUUCCCUUGAUUUUUGUGGGGAAAUGCACCCUGGCUAAAAACGAAAAGAGGCUAUAAAAUUAUUAACAAUGAGAUGCACAUCUGUUUCGACCAAAAAAAAAAAAAAAAAAAGGAAUGCAUGGUGUACAAUCCAUCUCUUUAUGUUUCAUUGUGCAAUAUUUUCUCCGGAGGAAAAAAAAAAUCUAUGGUUGUUGGCCCACUUUUGAUAUUUCUUUUUUUAUGUUCCAUUGCUGGUGUGUAGUUUCUUUUUUUUAAAUUAUUAUUUAUGAGAUGAUUUCCUAAAGGAGUUAUCGUAUCUAUACAUACUGUACAUUGUGAUUUUUUUUUUAGAACAUUUUACUGCAUUUUGUUUUUCUUUUUUUUUUUUUUUUUUUUUUGCUUUUCUAGUGUAGCCUGAAUUGUGAGGUGUUGAGGCAAGUUUGUGACUUUUGAUUGAUCAAGUGUAGCCUCGUCAAGUCGUGUUUUUGUCAAGUUGUGCGUGCACGCGCGAUCGUUUAUUGAGGUUCGACCAAUCGCAUCAGUGUUGAGGUCCCCCCCCGGAUUUUGACAUGUUCACAUCAUUGUCACAUGCUCACCAACCUCCGAGUUCAGAAUUGCCGACGUGGACUUCGGAAGGUUUUUCAACCUGAUGUAGAUGGAAGAGGUUUAGGCUUUUCUUUAGAAAAGGUAUGUGCUAGGUAUUUGUAGGUGUUAGACAAAGAAAAAAAAAAAAAGGAAAAAAGUUGAACGUUUUUAGUGAAUGGAUUAGUAAGGCAUGCCAUGUAAAUUAUUUUAUAAUUGUAUAUGUCACACAGCUUUUGAAUAAAACAUCUU